CCGCCCCUUUCUGCCGGCCCCCAGGACAGGUCCUUCCUGCUGCCCAGUCAGUGGCUCCUGCAGAUUGCAGGACCAGGCAGGCGGGAGCAGCCCCCAGAAGAUGCGCCCUGUGGCUGCUGGUGCUGUCAAGGCCGCCUUCUUGGUCCUUGCCUCCAUGUGCGCCUGGUACUCCGGGUACCUGCUGGCAGAGCUCAUCCCAGAUGCAUCUCUGUCCAGUGCCGCCUAUAACAUUCGCAGCCUUGGUGAGAGGCCUGUCCUCAAGGCCCCUGCCCCCAGAAGGCAGAAAUGUGACCACUGGACCGCGUGCCCCGCCAACAGCUAUGCCUACCGGUUGCUCAGCGGCGGGGGUCGUGACAAGUACGCCAAGAUCUGCUUUGAGGAUGAGCUGCUCAUAGGAGAAAAGACGGGGAAUGUGGCCAGAGGGAUCAACAUUGCCAUCGUGGACUAUGUAACUGGGAAGCCGAUAGCCACACAGUAUUUUGAUAUGUAUGGAGGUGAUAACUCUGGACCAAUGAUGAAGUUCAUUCAGAGCGCUCCUUCGAGAUCCCUGCUGUUCAUGGUGACCCACGAUGAUGGAAGCACCAGACUGAAGGCUGGCGCCAAGGAUGCCAUCGAAGCACUUGGAAGUAAAGAAAUCAGGAACAUGAAAUUCAGGUCAAGCUGGGUAUUUCUUGCAGCAAAAGGCUUUGAACUCCCUUCAGGAAUUCAGAGAGAAAAGAUCAACCACUCGGAUAAUUCGAGGAACAGGUAUGCUGGCUGGCCGGCAGAGAUACAGAUAGAAGGCUGCAUACCGAAGGACCUGCGGUAGCAUGACGUGUUCCCCGGGAAUGGCUUUGUGGGUGGAGGCAGCUGGGCUGUCCGACAUCAAUCCCUGAAGAAUAUUUUGCUAGUUGAUAAAAUCUUGGCACACGAUGUUUUUACACUGGUGCUUGUGUCCUGAGGCUGGCGAUGAACAGGAAGCUGAAAGUGUGGGAAUUCAUGGGGGACCCCAGAUGUAACAUGGAGAGUGUGGGGAGCACCCUGCACAUCUGGUCUGGAGCAGCAGCCCAUGUGGUCCCCCUAGUCCUGCGGAGAGUCUCUAUCCUGAGGUCUCCGAGAAUGUCCUGGCUCCCAAGUCAUCUCCUAGGAGAAUGAGCUAUGGUCAGGAGGGUGCAGCCGACAUCCUUGGUCACUUCAAGUGACAUUCUUGGGCUGUGGAUUUUUUCAUUUAUUCACUCAUUCCACCUGGGUGCUGCCUGCCCCUGGCACUUGGGAGCCCGAAUCUUUGUAGAGGCCUCAGCAAAUCAAGGAUGGGAUGGUGGCCCAGGCCCAGUUAUGGGCUGAACGGGUCCCCCUAAAUUCAUUUGUUGAUGUUCUGAUGCCCAGUAAAUACCUCAGAAUGUGA